AUGGCCAGCAAUUACGAUUACAUCGUAAUUGGUGCUGGCAUCCAAGGAUCUUUCACAUCUUAUCAGCUAGUGAAAAGGAAAAAGAAAACCCUUCUCCUUGAACAGUUUACUCUACCUCACACUCGAGGGAGCUCCCAUGGCCAAACCCGGAUAAUCCGUAAGGCUUAUGACCAAGACUUCUACACCCAAAUGAUGGACGAAGGCUAUAAACUGUGGGCUCAGUUGGAGAGGGAGUCUGGUGUCAAACUGUACAGACGAACAGGACUUCUGGUGAUGGGACCAGAGAACAGUGAAAGCUACCUUGACUUUAAGAGCACCCUGGAGAAGAACAAGACUCCUAUGGUGGUCCUGACCCCUGACAACUUCAGUCAGCACAUUCCGAAUGUAAUCCUGGCUGAUGGCGAUGGCGCUUUUGUGGACACCACAGCUGGAGUGUUAUAUGCAGAUCGGGCACUCAAGGUUGCACAGGAGCACUUUCAGAAGUUGGGUGGAGUAAUUAAAGACCAAGAGAAAGUAACGGACAUCAAGCCUGGCCCGAUUGUGACUGUGUCGACAUCUGCAGGUGUUUAUCAAGCCAAGGGACUUGUGAUCACUGCUGGACCUUGGACUACUAAAUUGCUGACUCAUAUUGACCUACAUCUACCUCUAACGGUGGUGAAAAUAAAUGUGUGUUAUUGGAAAGAGAAAAUUCCUGACUCCUACCAUGUGAAGAAACGCUUUCCGUGCUUCUUGCUGACUGAAGGAGAGGAGGCUGGAGACCAUAUUUAUGGCCUGCCUUCCAAUGAAUACCCUGGCUUGAUGAAGAUUUGUUACCAUAACGGCAGCGAGACUGACCCGGACCAAAGAGACAAGCAGACAGACACGGCUGAUAUUGACAUCCUCCGGCGCUACAUCACCCGCAGCUUUCCUGGCCUGAUCCCUGAGCCGGCUGUGGUCGAGAGCUGCAUGUAUACGCUAACACCCGACCGUCAUUUUGUGCUGGACCGCCACCCUGCAUAUGGCAAUAUUGUUAUUGGCGCAGGAUUCUCAGGUCACGGCUUCAAGUUUGGCCCCGUCAUUGGCAAGCUGCUCUGCGAGCUUAGCCUGGGAGAAGUGCCCUCCUAUGACCUGACACCUUUCCGAAUCAGCCGCUUCCAGACCAACCUCAAGUCAUCUUUAUAGAAAAGUGCCUUCAUCGGUGUCUUGUGAUUUCAAGUUUCAUUUGCAAUAUUGAUUAUGAUGAUGCUUAUUGUUAUCAUUCCUUGUACGGCAAUUUUCAUUGAAGAACCUCCAAUUGAUAAGCACAAGUCUAAAAGAAGGGCUUUGGUCUAAAUAAUAAUAGGAAUAAUUGUAGUUAGAACAAGAAUGCAUUUUACUUUUUUUUUUCUUUAAUAUGCUCAGAUGUGUCCAUUUUCACCAAAAUUCAACAUGGAGUUGUUGCUACAAAUCCUAAAAAAAUGUUGAUCAUGUAAAACUACGCGCAACUGCACACAUGUAAAUGAACCACUUAUUUACUGUACAUAGCACUUUCCGGUACUGUAGAUCCAGACAUUUGAAAUGUUGUGACAGAAAGGACUGUUUUGAGCAAAACGGUAAGAAGCAAUCAAAUCAAUAUGAACUGUUAGAUUUGGCUUGGAUUCAAAUAAUAGCUAGGUGACUUGAGUUAGUCAGUUGUGUAGUUGUGACCUUGUCCUCUGGGCUCAGCAUCUUCCUAUCUCGAGCUGCACACUUGCACACAUAUCUAGUUGGAACCAGUUAAAACUGUCCAAUCACACAUGGUCACAGUGGUUCAGGCAGAGCUGCUCUCCUUCGUGGGCGGGGCCCCAAGCUGAUUAGAAACAACAGGAACUGUUUUGGACAGAUGAAACCGUCUUUGGUGUCUUGUAGAAAAGGCUCAACGGCUGUGUCUCAAUUUUCCCAUCAUUUGUUAAAUAGUUCAAGUAAGAAUAUGCAGUCUACUGGGGAGGUACUGUUAAUACAAUAAAGCAAGCAUUAGAGAUAAAAGGACUGGGUGAGGGAUUCUCAAAUAAUUUUUCAGCCCCAUUUACCGUGACAAGUGCGGUGGGGUUAAUGACCGGUGAGGCACUACCUCCUCUGGAAUCAGAUAUGAUUGAGUGAUUGAUUUUUUUUUUCUUUUUUGGGUCGGAAGGGGAUGUUGAUAAAACAAAAUAGAUGAGCCUAUAUUUCGACCUUAACUGACACAUUUGUUUCCAACGUUUUUAAUCAAUCAAUUCCACACCGUUGAACAAUGUGACAGAAAUUACAACCAUUAAAAAAAUAAAAUUUAA